AUGCGUGAAAUAGUUCAUAUUCAAGCCGGCCAAUGUGGCAACCAGAUUGGUGCCAAAUUCUGGGAGGUUAUAUCGGACGAACAUGGAAUCGACGCGACCGGUGCCUAUUGCGGGGAUAGCGAUUUGCAGCUCGAACGUAUAAACGUUUAUUAUAACGAAGCUACAGGGGGAAAAUACGUUCCACGAGCGAUUCUAGUCGAUUUGGAACCUGGUACCAUGGAUUCGGUAAGAGCUGGCCCAUUCGGACAAUUGUUCCGACCGGACAAUUUUGUUUUCGGGCAGUCAGGCGCCGGUAACAAUUGGGCCAAAGGACACUACACAGAGGGUGCUGAGCUGGUAGAUUCUGUGCUGGAUGUAGUUCGCAAAGAAUCGGAAGGCUGCGAUUGCCUUCAAGGUUUUCAACUUACCCACUCGCUCGGUGGAGGUACCGGAUCAGGAAUGGGAACACUAUUGAUUUCCAAGAUUCGAGAGGAAUAUCCCGAUCGCAUUAUGAACACGUUCUCCGUUGUUCCUUCGCCUAAGGUAUCCGACACCGUGGUUGAGCCAUACAAUGCCACAUUGAGCGUACAUCAGCUAGUGGAGAACACCGACGAGUCGUAUUGCAUCGACAAUGAAGCUCUGUACGACAUAUGCUUUCGAACGCUUAAACUUACCACACCAACGUAUGGUGACCUGAAUCAUUUGGUUUCAGCCACGAUGUCGGGCGUUACCACGUGUCUCCGUUUUCCCGGCCAAUUAAACGCAGAUCUACGCAAACUAGCAGUAAACAUGGUUCCUUUUCCUCGAUUACAUUUCUUCAUGACCGGGUUCGCACCCUUGACCUCGCGAGGAUCGCAACAAUAUCGAGCACUCACUGUACCUGAGCUAACCCAACAAAUGUUCGAUGCUAAAAAUAUGAUGGCCGCUUGUGACCCUCGUCAUGGCCGAUAUCUUACCGUUGCGGCGAUUUUCCGAGGACGCAUGUCGAUGAAAGAAGUAGAUGAACAAAUGCUGAAUGUGCAGAGCAAAAACAGCAGCUACUUUGUAGAAUGGAUACCAAACAAUGUCAAAACAGCGGUUUGCGAUAUUCCACCGCGUGGUCUAAAGAUGUCGUCCACAUUCAUCGGAAAUUCGACUGCGAUUCAGGAGAUUUUCAAAAGAAUCGCCGAACAGUUUACGGCCAUGUUCCGCAGGAAAGCUUUCCUGCACUGGUAUACGGGCGAAGGUAUGGAUGAGAUGGAAUUCACGGAAGCGGAGAGUAACAUGAACGAUUUGGUUUCCGAAUACCAGCAAUACCAGGAAGCGACCGCCGACGAGGAGGGAGAGUUUGACGAGGAAGAGGAAGGCGGCGAAGACUAA